AUUUGUUCUCCGAAUACUAUAAUCAUCAUCGGACUGCCUCUGUCGAAAAUGUCGAUCGCAGUGCAGUCACCGGAUAUUGCACGGAUCUCGCUUCAUCGGCGGAUACCGUUGGAGUGGCAUUUGUAUGCUAUCCCUUUCUUGUCACUCUAUCCCAUUUGGGCAUAUGGAUACUUCGCAAAGUAUGAUACUUGGGUCAAAUCGGAAGAAUGGACAUUCGUCUUUACUGUUGCUCUAUUAGCUGGCCAUGCUCUCAGCUUCUUGGUCACAAGAUGGAGCAUCGGAGCAAAGGCUUUCAUCACUUGUCGUAAUGUCAACUCUAUCAACGAGACUGAGCUAAUUCGCAUCUUCCCACACGCUCACAAAGGUGAAGGAGAUUUAGUCAAAAUCGAUCGUCAUGCUCGCUCUGGAAUGCCAACCGAAACGUCUUUUACCUAUCAAGCCGACAAAUAUAUUCUCACUUUACCCGAUCAAUCAGCUUCCGUCACUUCUGUCCUGGUCUCGCCUUUGGUUAGCGAACCUACUUUCCGUCGCUUGCCUUACCCUGUUGACUCAAAGCCAACAAUGGGCAAAUUCCAAAGCACAAAAGGUUUGGCAAGUGAACGUGAUGUGGAGAUUACCAGACACACCUUCGGUCCAAACACAUUCAACAUUCCCAAGCCUACUUUCAUUGAGCUCUUCAUUGAACAUGCUGUUGCACCUUUCUUCGUCUUCCAAGUCUUUUGCGUUGGUUUAUGGCUAUUGGAUGAGUACUUCUGGUACUCGUUGUUUACCCUUUUCAUGUUGGUCGUUUUCGAGGCAACUACAGUGUUCCAACGUUUGCGUACAUUGAGCGAAUUCCGCACAAUGUCUAUUCAACCUUACCAAAUUCAGGUUUAUCGUGCAGGCAAAUGGCUGGAGAUCUCUAGUGCAGAGCUUUUGCCAGGAGACUUGGUAUCUGUCACUCGUUCUAAGGAAGACUCGGCAACCCCAUGUGAUCUCUUGCUGUUAUCAGGAAGCGUUAUCGUGAAUGAAGCUAUGUUGAGUGGAGAAUCGACGCCAUUGCUCAAGGAGAGCAUUGAGCUACGCGACGCAAGUGAUACAUUGGACGUGAACGGAAACGACAGGAACAACGUCGUCUUUGGUGGUACGAAAGUUCUACAGACUACCGUUUCUGAAUCAUCCUUCAAUGGCAUUCGCUCUCCGGACAGUGGUUGCUUGGCAGUCGUGCUAAGAACAGGUUUCGGUACUUCACAAGGUCAAUUGAUUCGAUUGAUGGUAUACACCAACGAAGGACGUGUUUCAGCUAAUAACUUGGAGGCAUUCUUGUUCAUUGCUUUCUUGCUCGUCUUCGCCAUUGCGGCUAGUUGGUACGUUUGGACUCGUGGUCUGGCUAUGGGUAGACCAAAAGGAAAAUUGAUCCUUGACUGUAUCUUGAUCAUCACUUCGGUCGUUCCACCGGAAUUGCCGAUGGAAUUAUCAAUGGCUGUAAAUGCAUCAUUGAUGGCAUUGGCCAAGCAUGCAAUCUUCUGUACAGAACCUUUCCGUAUUCCUUAUGCCGGACAAGUAGAUGUUUGCUGCUUCGACAAAACGGGUACAAUUACUGGAGAAGACCUCGUUGUUCAGGGAAUUGCCAAUGUUGGCGCUCGUGAAGCAAAGGAUCUCGUCGACGUAAAGGCUCUCGGACGUGAAUCAACGCUCACUUUGGCAACCGCACACAAUCUCGUUCUUUUGGAAGACGGUCUAGUCGGAGAUCCCAUGGAAAAGACCACAGUGGACGCUUUGGAUUGGCAAUUGCUCAAAGGUGAUAUUCUUGGACCCAAGAAUCCAUCAGAGGCACGCUUCCGUAUGCAAGUUAAUGUUCGUCGUCGUUUCCAGUUCUCUUCAGCAUUGAAACGUAUGGCAUCUGUCGCUUAUGUUGUUGACGGUGGUAACCGACGUCUCUUUGCUGCAGUAAAGGGUGCACCAGAAGUUUUGAGAGGAAUGUACAAGCAUUUACCUGCCGAUUACGAUGAGACGUACAAGACCUUCACACGUAAAGGUAGUCGUGUUUUGGCUCUCGGAUAUAAAUAUCUGGAUGGUGUUAAUGCAGAACGUAUCAAUCAUCUCGCUCGUGAUGAAGUAGAAAGUACAUUGGAAUUCGCCGGCUUUUUGAUCUUCCACUGCCCACUCAAAGAAGAUGCUGUCACUUCUAUCAAACAAUUGAACGACUCCUCCCAUCGAUGCAUCAUGAUUACAGGUGACAAUCCUUUGACAGCCGUUCAUGUUGCCAAUGAGGUUGAAAUUGUUGAUCGUGAGACUUUGAUUUUGGAUAUUCGUGAAAAUGCUACAAGUGAUCAAGAAUUAUGGUGGCGUACACCUGACGAAAGCAAGGUCAUCAACGUCAAGGCAAGUGACCCGAUCGAUCAGAAGUUGUUCGACUCGUACGAUAUCUGUCUCACUGGACCUGCAAUGAAGCUCUUCCAAGAUGUACCGGACAAGUGGGAUGCACUCGUACAAAACACAUGGGUCUAUGCGCGUGUAAGUCCUUCCCAGAAAGAAUUCAUCUUGAACUCGUUGAAGCGGUUGGGAUACAUUACUCUAAUGGCUGGUGAUGGAACAAAUGACGUUGGUGCUCUGAAGGCUGCAAACAUUGGUGUUGCAUUAUUGGACGGAACACCGGAAGAUUUGAAGAAAAUUGCUGAACAUCAAAGGAAUGAACGCAUGAAGAAGGUAUACGAACAACAAUUGUCUCUCACAUCCCGAUGGGGCCAACCACCACCACCCGUGCCAACUGUAUUGAAGGAACUAUAUCCUGAACUAGAAAAGGCACGCGAGGACAUCGUUAACAAGUUGAAAGACUCUAAACGUGCCAAUCCCAAAGCCACUUUUGAUCUCUCCGCUCUUACGUCACAAAUGGCAGAUUUGGACUCCGAAGAUGGACCACCUCAAAUCAAAUUGGGAGAUGCAAGUGUUGCAGCCCCUUUCACAUCCAAAUUGAGUAACGUUUCCGCAAUCACGCAAAUCAUUCGUCAAGGCAGAUGCAGUUUGGUUGCAACGAUUCAAAUGUACAAGAUUUUAGGUCUCAACUGUUUGAUUACAGCUUACUCACUUUCGGUGAUGUACUUGGAUGGUAUCAAAUUUGGUGAUUAUCAAGUGACUAUCAGUGGAGCUUUGAUGAGCGUCUGCUUCUUGAUGAUUUCUCGCGCACAACCCAAAGAGCGAUUGUCGAGAGAGAGACCUUCGAGUAAUAUUUUCAACGUAUACUUUGUCCUCUCGCUCUUGCUUCAAUUUGCGUUGCACAUCGCAAGUAUGCGCUACAUUACCUUACUCACUGGUCAAUAUGAAAAGCCAGAGGAGGUUGUUGAUUUGGAGGCUAAAUUCACACCUUCCUUACUCAAUUCGGCCAUUUUCCUGAUCAGCUUAAGUCAACAAGUGAACACGUUCUCGGUCAAUUAUGUUGGUGAGCCGUUCAGAGAGAGUAUGACGCAAAACAAAGCGCUUUAUUACGGUUUGUUGUCAUGCUUUGGAGUUGCAUUUGCAGGUGCUACAGAAUUUUUGCCCGAUUUGAAUGCAUGGUUGCAACUCACUCCUCUUCCAACACCAUUCCAAGUUCGUCUGGUUGCAGCAAUGGCGAUCGAUUUCGUUGGAUGUUACGUUAUUGAACAUUCAACGAAGUUCUUAUUUGCCGAUUUGGAACCACGUGCAUUGAUUGUGAAAGGAAGAGAAAGAAGAGACGCAAGAAGGAAACAAUUGGCACAAAAUUUAGAAAAUAUCGCCAAUGGAAUCAAAGCUCAAUAAAAGGUAGAACUAUGUGCACUUUUUUAAACUUGCAUCUAUCAUCUUCAUAAUCAUGCACAUCAUGUGAACCAUACUUUUAUUUAUCAUCUCAAUAGCAAUUCACGGUUAAUUAAAAAUUUAGCGUGAGCAAUCAAGCACAGAUCUUGGUGAUUAUGCAGUAUGAAAAGACUGUGAAGUAGAUCUGUAGUAUUGUAG